UCCUUUUCAAGGAACUGCGAAAGAAUCACGCAAAAAGUCAUUUCCGGGGUGUGAAGCCACGCUUUGUCGGCUGCAAGAUGGAGGCAACUAGUGGAGCUGAUGAGCUGGUUUCCGGGGAACUGGUGUCAGUGGCACACGCUCUUUCUCUCCCAGCGGAGUCUUAUGGCAAUGAUCCUGAUAUUGAGAUGGCUUGGGCUAUGAGAGCAAUGCAGCAUGCCGAAGUCUACUACAAACUGAUUUCAUCAGUUGAUCCACAGUUCCUGAAACUCACCAAAGUGGAUGACCAAAUCUAUUCUGAGUUUCGGGAAAAUUUUGAGAAACUCAGGAUAGAUGUAUUAGACCCAGAAGAGCUCAAAUCAGAAUCAGCUAAAGAGAAGUGGAGACCAUUUUGCUUGAAGUUUAAUGGGAUUGUAGAAGACUUCAACUAUGGUACUUUGCUGAGACUGAACUGUUCUCAGGGCUACACUGAGGAAAACACUAUCUUUGCCCCCCGGAUACAAUUUUUUGCCAUUGAAAUUGCUCGGAACCGGGAAGGUUAUAACAAAGCAGUUUACGCUACUGUUCAGGACAAAGAAGAGAAAGGAGCCAACAAUGGAGGAGACAAAGGAGCUGACAGUGGAGGAGAAGAGAAAGGAGCCAACCAAGAAGGAGAAAAAGAGAAAACCAACAAAGGAGGAGAAAAAGAGAAGUAAUCCUGUAAAAAAAUCAACAAAAGUGGUGAAACAGCUAUGUAAGGUAGACAGAGAAUAGCACUCUAAAAGCUGCGACUCACCUGAGCCUACAAGUACCAUGAUGCUAUUUGCACAGGCCCUUAUGGUCAGAUGUAUCUCCUUGUUCAGUGGAAGGGCAUACAGAAGGACGUCUUUCUGGCCUAAUCAUCAGCAGCUGCAGUAGUUAUUCUCUUGUAUGAAUUGGCUUGAAGACUAUUAGUGGGGUCUUAGUUGAUGGUUUCUUGUUCCUCGCCACCAGUCGAGUAAGAAAUUUUGUAAAUAAAUUUCUUUUGGUUCUUA